CGGCUGAGACGGAGACUGAGAAGACUGGAGUCAACCUACGGGAUUUGCGAGGAGCGGAAGCGUUCGCCUCUUCCGUGGAGCUAGGGCUUCGCCUCUACAGCGCGUUGCACACUUCCUGGGAUCGGACCUACCUCGUUCUCCGGUGCUUUGGCUCCUGUCCCGGGAAGCCGGCCUCCUGCCGCACGAUGCCCCAGCUCGGACUCCUGCAUGGGAGGGCCUGGGCUUCGCUGCUUGGCCAGCUCCUGCGGCCGCCCCGUGCUGUGUGCAUGGGAGCGGUCCAUUCUCAUAGCCAGGUUGCAGAGGCAGUGUUAAUGUCCCCACUGAAAUCACAUCAAGAGAAAUCAAAUUUUAUUAUCAAGACCCCAAAGGGCACCAGAGAUCUUAGUCCCCAGCAGAUGGUUGUGAGGGAGAAAAUUCUUGAUAUGGUUGUUAGCUGCUUUAAACGUCAUGGAGCAAAGGGGUUGGAUACCCCAGCAUUUGAGCUAAAGGAAGUGCUCACUGAAAAGUAUGGAGAGGACUCUGGGCUCAUCUAUGAUCUGCAAGAUCAGGGUGGGGAGCUAUUGUCCCUGCGUUAUGACCUUACUGUUCCUUUUGCUCGUUAUCUGGCCAUGAAUAAAGUGAAGAAGAUGAAACGCUAUCAUGUUGGAAAGGUGUGGCGGCGGGAGAGCCCAACCAUAGUCCAAGGCCGCUACAGGGAGUUCUGCCAGUGUGAUUUUGACAUUGCUGGUCAAUUUGACCCUAUGAUCCCUGAUGCAGAGUGUUUGAAGAUCAUGUGUGAAAUCCUAAGUGGGUUGCAGCUGGGGGACUUUCUCGUUAAGGUCAAUGACCGGCGGAUUUUGGAUGGGAUGUUUGCUGUCUGUGGUGUUCCUGAAAGCAAAUUCCAUGCCAUCUGCUCCUCGAUAGACAAACUAGACAAGAUGUCUUGGAAAGAUGUGAGACAUGAGAUGGUGGCAAAGAAAGGCUUGGCUCCUGAAGUGGCUGAUCGAAUUGGGGACUAUGUCCAAUGUCAUGGUGGGGUAUCCUUGGUAGAGCAGAUGUUCCAGGAUCCCAGACUAUCCCAGAACAAGCAGGCCCUAGAGGGCCUGGGGGACCUAAAGCUGCUAUUUGAAUACCUGACUUUAUUAGGAAUUGCUGAGAAGAUCUCCUUUGACCUAAGUCUGGCUCGGGGCCUGGACUACUAUACAGGAGUGAUCUAUGAAGCAGUGCUGCUGCCAACCCCAGCUCAGACUGAGGAAGAGCCCCUGAAUGUGGGCAGUGUGGCUGCUGGUGGGCGCUAUGAUGGGCUGGUGGGCAUGUUUGACCCCAAGGGCCACAAGGUGCCGUGUGUGGGGCUCAGCAUUGGUGUAGAGCGGAUCUUCUCCAUUGUGGAGCAGAGGAUGAAGACUUUUGGUGAGAAGAUACGGACCACAGAGACCCAAGUGUUUGUGGCCUCACCACAGAAGAACUUUCUCCAAGAACGAUUGAAGCUAAUUGCAGAGCUUUGGGAUGCUGGGAUCAAGGCAGAGCUGCUGUAUAAGAAUAACCCUAAACUACUAACCCAACUGCACUACUGUGAGAACAUGGGCAUUCCACUGGUGGUCAUUAUUGGUGAGCAAGAACUGAAGGAAGGGGUCGUCAAGCUCCGUUCAGUGGCCAGCAGGGAGGAGGUGGCCAUUAAACGAGAAAAUCUUGUGGCUGAAAUUCAGAAGCGACUAUCUGAGUCUUGAUCCUUGCCUCAUUGCCAUCUGCUGAUCUUUGUAGAAAGUGUUUCAUCUAGGACUGAGUUCCUGACGGACUUUACAACUGCUGGCCAGGAUGGGUGACAAGUGCCUCUGCCUCCCAUCCUACCUGGGUACAGAACUGUAGAAGAUCCUGAGGACUCCUGGGCUAGUGUGAGCAGCUGUUCUGCCUGGGCGCAGAUGGCUGGUAUGUGAAAGAGACAUGCUCUAACUGCAGAGGCUGAUGGCAGAUUUGAAGUGCCAUUGAAUGCUGCCAAGAGGUGCUGAGAUGGUUGCUGUGAGCAAAGCUCUGGGAAAGUCGCCUCAGGCUGAGAGGAUUCUGAACCAUUGUGAUCAGAUGUCAGAUACUUAGCUUUCCACCGUGGCUUCUGAACCAGAUUCUGGGGAAUUUCUCCACAACCUGCCCUUGGCCUGUCCAGGGAGUUUUUUGGGAGACAGGAAGCAGGGGUAAUGGCUACUUUCUGUUUUGAGGACAGAGAUGGUAUCCCAAGGGCAUAGCAGUGCUGCCCAUAUUGAUGUGGCAUCUCUCUAGCCCAUCCACUGUUUGCAGUAGCAGGGUGAGGCUGCUUGUUUAAUAAUCUUGAAUGUUGAACUUAAUAGGUGACUUGACAAGAUGGAGGUCUGAUCUUUUGGGAUCUUGGAGACCACUUCCUGUGCCAGAAUCACUGCUCUGACUAUUCCAUGUCCUGCCGUGGAGGUGGCUGUUCUAAAAGUGGUUGGAUAAUAUAUUUAAUAAAAUAUUAAAUGUG